AUGGACAGUGUUCUGGACCCCUUCUCCGGACUCGACUCCUUGUCGUCCCCUCCUUAUUUCGACGAGGACGACUUCUUCACAGACCAGUCUUCCAGAGACGGAACCUUGGACCCGGACGGCUUUCUGGAAGACGACGUGGACUUCCUCACCGGCCACUUCAAGGACUACUACGGCAAAGACAGCGGACACUAUGACGUCAACGGCCUGUCGGUGACGUCGCCGUCCUCCAGCCUGUCUUACAGGUGCACGCCGGACGCGUCCCCGGAGCCGGGAUGCGGAGCCCUGCUGCGGCGCAGGAGGCGGAUCCGGUCUGAGGUAGAGCUGCAGCACCUCCGACAGGCGGCCAACGUGCGCGAACGGCGCCGGAUGCAGUCCAUCAACGACGCUUUCGAGGGGCUGCGAUCCCACAUCCCCACCCUGCCCUACGAGAAGCGCCUUUCCAAGGUGGACACUCUGAGACUGGCCAUCGGAUACAUCAACUUCCUGGCCGAGCUGGUGCAGUCGGAUCUGCCUAUCCGCAGCUCCAACAGCGACGCGCACAGUCCGGCCAAGAAGGUCCUCAUCUGCCACAGAGGCACCAGGUCCCCGUCGCCCAGCGACCCGGACUACGGCCUGCCCCCGCUGGCGGGUCACUCUCUGUCCUGGUCCGACGAAAAGCAGCUCCGCGAGCAGAACGUCAUUCGAACCGCCAAGAUCUGGACUCCGGAGGACCCCCGCAAGACCCACGGCACCGCGGGACUGAUAGACAUAGAAAACGAGCCGCCUCCGGGACUGCUGUUCUGACC